AUGGCGACUGUGCAAACGACCAUAAAAACGGAGCUGUGCUCCUUCAGCGAAUACCGUAUCUACCCGGGUCGUGGGCAAAAGUUCGUUGCUCGGGAUGGGAAAGUUCACACCUAUAUUCACUCAAAGCAGGCACGCCUAGGCCGGCACAAGAUGAAGCCUGCGAAGCUGCGCUGGACCUUGGCGUGGCGUCGCGCCAAUAAGAAAUCCCGAGGCGAGGCAGUUGCCAAACGCCGCACUCGCAAGGGGGGUAAGAUUCAGAAAGCCAUUGUUGGUAUUUCUCUGGAGGAAAUAAAGCAGAGGUGUGCGGCCAAGCCGGAUCCGACCAAGAUGCGCAAAAUGCCUGCGAAGGAUGCUAAGAAGGGAAAGAGUGAGAAGCCGAAGACAACCGUCAUCCCUGGCACACGCGCACCUCCGGCGAAGAAUGUCCCCAAGCAGCAGAAGAUUAGCACUUCUCGUCGCAUGUAA